AUGGAUGGAAAAAGAACUAUACGCAUCUCUGACAAAGAUCCUGAAAUCAAAUUCAAGAAUUUAAGAUCAAAUUCGACUUCAACGAAGCCUAGAUUUAGGAAGUUGGAUACAUUUCUUAUAUUUGUUAAAUCAAGACCUAAGAAAGAGAGGGCAAUUGCCAAGAAAAUUUUAAAAAAGCAUGGAAAGCCGGUCAUUUUCAUCUUUGCACACACUAAUGUAGACAAAGAUAAGGAUAGAAAAGAAAACGUUAAAGAUUUGGUAAAGGAUGAGUCAGAUAUUUACGUAAUUGACAAAGAGGAUAAUUCCAAACACGACUUUAAUCGUCUGCUUGGAGAUAUCGAGUCGAAUAUCAAAGCUAGUGAAAAAAAAGAAGCAGCACUAGCUGGUGUAACAGAAUCAACUUCAGUUCCCAAUAAAUAUGUUCAUUCAAAUAAUGAAAACAUCAUUUUCUGGGAUCUACCUAGCAUUGAAACACCUACAUACCCCAAUCUUGAAGAAUAUUGUACAAGAGUUGGUGGUCUAGAGAAGUACGAUGCAUUUCUCAUUUUUUGCAAAUCGCGAUUCACUCAACAUGAGAAACAACUGGCUGAGAAUGUUUCAAAAGAGCUCGACAAACCUUUCUUUUUUGUUCGUACCAACGUUGACACCGAACUCAAAAAUGCGAAAGAUGACGAAGGACCAAAGUUUGAUGAAGCAUCUGUCAUGAAACGUACGAGGGAAAAUUGUUUGAAAAAUCUGGAAGGUUUGAUUCACGAUGAGAAAGAUAUCUUCUUGAUUGACAAUAAGGUUACAGAGAAAUAUGAUUUUCAACGUUUGAAGGAAUCGAUUGCUAAAGCGUUACCCGAGGAAAAAUAA